AUGGCAAUUACAAACUUGUGCGGAAUGCCAGGAGCCCAAAAACCCUCCACAAUGAAAACAUUUCUCACAAAAACACAACAUGAUAUCACAUUAACAUCAGCCGAUACAAGAGUGUUUAUAAAAAACAUAAAAACAGGUGUUACAAUGAAUCAAUUUAAAAAAUCCCUAGAGAAAUAUGGUGCUUUACAAGUUUACUUUUAUGAACCAAAAGAAAAUGAUGAAGGAUGGGCAUGGGUUGGAUUUGAAAACAAAGAAGCCGCAGAAAAAGCAAUUGAAGAUGCCGAAAAGGCUUUGGAGAACAAAGAAUCCUCAGAAAAUAACGAAAUCAAUUCAAAUUUAGAUAAAAAUGAAGAUAAUGAUAAUGGCUCAGGUAGUUUUUAUGUUGAAGAAAAUGAUGAAUCCGUAGAAAACCUAGAAAAUGAAAUUAAUGAAGACGGAAAUGAUAACGAUGAAGAAGAAGAUUAA